AUGGAGCCCAAAGAAGCCACUGGGAAAGAAAACAUGGGCACCAAGAAAAAGAAUCUGACCUUCUUGAGGCCCAGACUCUACAUGCUGGAGAGAAGGAAGACUGACACUAUGGUUGAGAGCACUGUUUCUGGGGACCACUCUGGUGCCUUGAGGAGGAGCCAGUCUGACAGAACAGAAUACAACCAGAAACUACAAGAAAAGAUGACUCCACAGACCGAGACCUCUGCUGCUGAAGCCCCAAACUCGGAGGACGAGCAUCAGAUGAGGAGGAUGAUGGCAAAGCGGGCAAAAAUCAUCAGAGAACUGGUCCAGACAGAAAAGGAUUAUCUCACUGAUCUAGAGCUGUGCAUUCGGGAAGUGGUCCAGCCCCUGAGAAAUAAACAGAUUGAUCGGCUGGACGUGGAUAGCUUGUUUAGCAACAUUGAAUCCGUGCAUCAGAUAUCAGCCAAGCUGCUGUUGUUGUUGGAAGAGGCCACAACAGACGUGGAACCGGCCAUGCAAGUAAUCGGAGAAGUAUUCUUGCAGAUUAAAGGGCCACUGGAAGAUAUUUACAAAAUCUACUGCUAUCAUCAUGAUGAAGCGCAUGGUGUACUGGAGUCCUAUGAAAAGGAGGAAGAGCUGAAGCAACAUUUGAACAACUGUAUCCAGUCCUUAAAGAAAAUAUACGUGCAAGAAGGCAAACCAAACUUAUUGGACAUGGGCUCUUUGAUGAUCAAACCAAUUCAGCGUGUGAUGAAAUACCCCCUAUUACUGUGCGAGCUUCGGAAUUCUACCCCUCCUUCCCACCCAGAUUACAGAGCACUGGAGGACGCCUUUGCUGCUGUGAAGGACAUUAAUGUUAACAUCAAUGAACUGAAAAGAAGGAAAGAUUUAGUCUUGAAAUACAAGAAGAAUGAUGAGGAUGAAUCACUUAAAGACAAACUGUCUAAACUGAAUAUUCAUUCAAUUAGCAAGAAAUCAAAAAGAGUGACAAAUCAUCUAAAGAUUCUGACCAGAGGAGAAUCACAGGUGAAAGACAAUACCUUUAACAGAGAAGAAAAGCUAUUUAGAUCUUUAGAAAAGACUGUGAGGCACUGUGUGAGGAACAUUUCAUUCUGUCUUCAACACAUACAGGAUGCCAUGCCGUUGGCUCUGCAGAGUGUAAUGGACCUCCGAGAGAUUUCAUACGGUAAAGAUGAAGAGGACAGAGGCUCUUCAGAGACCCUGAGUAAUGCCUCAAAUCCCUGUCAUGACUUUGCAGCUCACUUACAGAGGCUCGUCCUGACCCCCCUGUCAGCCCUGCUGUCCUUAUUCCCAGGACCUCACAAGCUCAUCCAGAAACGCUAUGACAAACUGCUGGACUACAACAGCUACCUGCAGCGGUCUGCAGGAGAUGAGUCAGACUUGGCCAAAAGGGAAUAUGAGGCCCUCAAUGCCCAGCUGGUGGAAGAGCUCCAGGUGUUUAACCAGGCUGCUAGGAGGAUUCUGUUGAACUGCCUGUGCAGCUUCAUCACCCUUCUCCGGGAGCUGAUGCUCCUGGCACAGCAGGCUUAUUCCACGGUGCUGCCGGUGCCACUGUUGGUCUCAAGCAUUUCUGAGAUUCAUAGUCAAGUACUAGAAGAGGUUCAAAAUCUGAAUUUUGUAAAAGACAACAGCGCUACCUUUAUUGAGAGGAAACUUAGUUUUGAGAAAAAGAAGCCUGUGCAGAUUCCGCCAGAAAUGCCACGUCAAAAUGACAUUCACCGCUCCAAACUUCUGUCCACAUACAGCGCAGAGGAACUUUACCAAGCUAAGCGCAAGUGCAAUGCUACACAAGAAUAUGACAUCAAUCUUCUGGAAGGAGAGUUGGUGGCUGUGAUGGAACAGAAAGAUCCACUGGGGAGUACAGGCAGGUGGCUUGUUGACACAGGAAUUGUAAAAGGAUAUGUGUAUUCCUCCUUCCUAAAACCCUACAAUCCAGCAAAAACACAGAAAGUGGAUGCUGAGAACAGGUUCUGUGACGAUGAUUUUGAUAACAUCAGCCUCUUUGUGUCUUCACGGCCAGCUAGUGACAGUGUCACAGGAACCCCAGAAAGCAGCAUAAGUGAUAGCAGCUCGUCUCUUAGUGGCACAUGUGGAAAGUUUGAAACAAACGGCACUGAUGUUGACAGUUUUCAAGAAGUAGAUGAACAGGUUUUCUAUGCAGUUCAUGCUUUUCAAGCACGGAAUGACCAUGAACUCAGCCUUCAGGAAUACCAAAGAGUCCAUAUACUUAGGUUUUGCGACCUAAGUGGCAAUAAAGAAUGGUGGUUAGCUGAAGCUCAAGGGCAAAAAGGAUAUGUGCCAGCUAACUACCUUGGGAAGAUGACUUAUGCAUAA